AUGAGGAAGUCGAGCAGCGACCAUGUCAUCAUCGGCGUCCCGGUCACCUCCAAGGCGUAUGGGAUAGAGGAGGUGUCGUCCAGGGAUCCGUCCUUCAGGAAGGGCGACGCCGGCGAUCACCUUGCUGUCUCGUUGACGCACCCCAGCCCUUAUGCGUCUUUCGGCUACAAACACAGCAGCAGCAAGGGUCAGGUGAUCCACUGGGUGAGCAAGCUGGGCAGAAGGGCGCAAGGCUUCAGGGAGCACGUGACCCUGGGGCCGAAGCUGUCGGAGACGGUGAAGGGGAAGCUGAGCCUGGGCGCGCGGAUCCUGCAGGCCGGCGGCGUCGAGCGCGUGUUCCGGCAGGCCUUCCCCGCCGACAAGGGCGAGCGGCUGGUGAAGGCGCUGCAGUGCUACAUCUACACCACGGGCGGGCCCAUCGCCGGGAUGCUCUUCGUCUCCACCAAGAAGGUCGCCUUCCGCAGCGACCGCCCCAUCACCGUCACCUCCCCCGGGGGCCGCGACACGGCGCGGGUCACCUACAAGGUGGUGGUCCCGCUCCGGAGGAUCCACAAGGUGCGGCCCACCGAGAACGUCGACCGGCCGGAGGAGAAGUACAUCCACGUCGCCACCGUGGACGGCUUCGAGUUCUGGUUCAUGGGCUUCGUCAGCUACCAGCGGUCGUGCAAAUACAUGCAGCAGGCCGUCUCGGAGCUGCAAUGA